AUGCCUCGAUCACUUGCCCGGCUCCGGUAUAAGCCGCCACUAAAGCCCGUCACUUUCGCCAACACCGCUAGACGCAUCACUCCGCAGCAUGUUGAGCAUAUGCAAAAGCGUAUCGCCGCCUAUGUCGAGCGCCAAUCGAACCCCAAACACCUCCGGCUACAAACUGUGGUCAACGAGAAGGCGAGAAGGCAAGCGACUGGUCAGCAUGUGGUAGCGCCGAUCAAGCCCUACACCCUUCGGGAUGUUGUAGACCCAGAAGGCACUGCCAAACAUGGCGAGAUCAUCUAUAUCUUUCGCAACACCAAAUCGAAUCAAAUCAUAUACUCGCUGCAGGAACUUCUAGAUAACCACCAUCUUGAACAACUUCCCUUCAUCGGCAAGCAUUCCAAGCCGCCCGUCCUACGUCCCGAUGAAUGGGUACCGCACUGCGUCCUCACCUUCCCCACCCCAAGUCAAGGCCACAAUGCUUUCCGCAAGCUACGCGAGUUUCGAAGACUGCACGAGACUGCCUGGGAUAAGACGAACCCAGAGUGGAUCCGAAUGGACCGCAAGACUCGAAUCAAGAAGAUCAUGGACCAGCGCGCCAACACCAGCGCCGACUUGGCAGAGGUCCUGCGCAUACAAGAGGCACACGGUGCCAAGACAACGGAAGAGCAUCAAGAGCAGCAGAAGAAGGCAACGACGUUCCUAGACAAGCGAUGGGAGCAGAUCGACGCCCUAGCGAAUGCAGGACUGGCCAAGGCAAAGCCUACGGAUAACGUCAAGUGGCUCCAAGGCCAAAUACGCUCCAUGGAUCUCAAGCUAAAGAUGAAACACAACCAAAACGAAGCAGACCAGAAGAGCCUGAAAGUCGCCAAGGAGAGUCUCGAAACCCGCCUCCGGAAACUGCAAUACGCCCUCCGCAAAGCAGAGCAGUUCAAAAACCUACAAGAGGACCUCGCACGCCGGGCCGCACCCGCCAACGAACUUGGUGCUCAGGGCAAACUCGAUGAACUAAGAGAUCAAGCUCGUGUUCUCCAGGAGGCGCUAGAGAACCCAGAUCCCACGCGCUCCAAGGCAGACCUCGACAUUGACAGAGAAAUCUUAGCCGGUCACCGCAGCAAAAUUUCCAUCCUCGAACAAGCAUUUGAAGCGAAAGCCCAAGCUGAAUCCCGCGACCACUACAUUGCGCGUUCCGUCCUACCGCAAGCGCUGAAGACAUCUUCCGUCAAGCCAUAUUCCCUCGAGGGUGUUUCUGUUCGUUGGGCCGAUAUGCAAGAUGCACUCUACGCCGCUGGUCAGUGGCCCGAAGCUAUUGAACACGAGCCGUUGGAGAUACACAAGGCGAGGGGGGAGACGCUGUUGUUGAGUGCGGAGGAGUUUGAGAUCGAGAAGGGGAACGAGGUUAGGAGGGUUAUGGAAAGUUUGAAGCUGACUGAUGGGGAGUAUUUUGGUGAACAGGAUGCAGACGCGAAUGCUUAUGGAAGUUUGCCUAGCCCGAUUGUAGAAGAUCCCGCGCCGAAGAGUGGUAUAGCCAAGUUCUUACCGAGUAACCCGUUCAGGAGCGCCACUGCGUAG